ACACAUAUAACUUGAUCAUGAGCGCCUGCUCAAUUAAUCCGAUGCUUUUUCAUUAAGAAAAUUAACUAAUAGUUUACCCUUUUAAUUUCACGUUUACGAUCGACAUGCAAUCAGUAUAUAGCCGAACUGGCCAGCGGGAAAAGGGGACAGGCUCUUUUCCCAUGCAACUUUAUUUAUGCACAUUCACCUAUAUAUAUAUAUAUAUAUAUAAGUAUAUACUUAAUUAUGCACCAACCCAUACAUUGCUACUUAGUAUAUAUAUCUAUGUACCAAAGCAUGUUUAUAUGCUCUCUAUAACACAGGCAUUGUGUGUUUGAGGAAUAUUGAAGAAAUGGUCACGUCGCUAAAAUAUAAACGACGUGGUUUUAGAGCUGCAUUUUUCAUUGUUAACAUCUUCUCUUCACUCCUAUAUCCACACUGCAUGUCUGGCGCUCAUGAUCAACAACUAAAGAUGAAGGAAUCGGUUAUUGGUUCAGAGCCUCCCGCGUGUGGAAACAAGUGCCUGAAUUGCAAGCCUUGCCUUCCUUAUCUAUUUGACAUUCAUGGUGCUCAUGAUGAUGAUGAUGAUCGCGAACCAUACUAUCCGGUAAAGUGGAUGUGUAGAUGCCAGGAAAAGAUAUUUGAACCUCAAGAAUAGUAUCUAUAUAUACAUUAUGUAUGUAGUGCUUGUGUUGAUUGUCAUGGAUGUUCAUGAAUCCUGAUGAUCCCAUCAAUGAUGGUUCAUCGUUAUCUUUCGAGAUUAAACAAUCUUAUAAUAUGUAAACAUUUCCUUGUCUCAAAUUUUGCAUGUGUGUUUCUUUAGAGCAUACACAUCGGUAGAACCCAGGUAAAGUUUUAAAAAAUUGAAAAAUUAAUACUGUAUUUUUAUUUAGAAAACAAUUGUCCGACGAAAAAUAGACAUAUGGGUGCAGAGUUUCUAAAAUGUCAGAAAUGUAUCUUUAUAGCACCUUUAUCGGUGAAUAUGUAAAAUAGGGGUUCUAUACAAAUAAUACUGAUAUUUAAAUGUAACUGAA